AUGAGUAGUGCUAAUUUGGUGCAAAAAUCACUAUUGCAAUUUUAAACCCCCCACAAGCAAGCGCAUAGACAAAUUUGCAUCUAAUAGUGGAAGAAUAAUAAAACUAGUAAGUAUCAAUAAGGAAUAAGUAUAAUUUUUGAUAGAAGAAACUACGAGAAAUCUAUUCACUAAUUUUAUAGCAGCAAUUGAAUAAACUUGGAAGGUGAUAGAGAUAUUGGAAAAAAAUAAAACUACUGAGAUCUAAUCAUUAUUCGGAAAGGUAAGAUUGGGAUAAAAAUAAAUUCAACACACAAAAGACAUUCAGGAAUUAUAAGAAAAUAGUGGGAUGAAAUUAAGAGAAGACUAAGAUGAAUAAGAUGAGUAAGAAAUUAUUGAAGAAUAACCAGCAUUGGAAAUAACGAGAGAGGGUAGUAAGGCUAUUGUGGCAGUUGGAGGAGUCAUAACCAACGAACAUGUGAAGUGCUUAGCAAAAUAUGCUAAAAUACAUAUUGUUAUAUAUAAUGCAAACAAGAAAAAAUAUUUUAAUUUCUGGUUCGAUAAUUAUGAUAAAAUUGUUUAUCUUUACAGAAAGAAUUGAUUAUUUAGUGAAUUUAUAAGGAGAAACGAUUAAAGAAGAUCCAACAAUAAUGGUAGAAAGUA